CUCGUUACCCACAAUUCUUUGUUCCUGUUUCCGCCUCGGUACCCACAAGCCGCCGCGCGGAGCGGAAGUGACGCAGUCGGAAGCGGAAAUGGAGCCUCCCACAGCGGAGGAGCUGCGGCAGCGGCUCCAGGAGCGGCUCCAGGCCGAGCACGUGGAGGUGCAGGACUCCCCCCAGCUGUGCCAGGGCAGCUUCCGCGUCUGCGUCGUUUCCGGAAUCUUCCGCGGCCUCAAGACCCUCCAGAGGCACCGGCUCGUUAACGAGGCGCUGAAGGAGGAGCUGGGCCGCAUCCACGCCCUGGAGCAGCGCACCCUCACCCCCGAGCAGUGGGAGGCGGAGCGCGCCUCAUUAGCAUAGAUUUGCAUACAGCGCUCCGCCCUCUCCGCUUCCGUUUCAUGGAUUUGCAUAAAUUAGCGAAGCCUGGCGCUGAUUGGUUGAGGCCACGCCCCUUCGGGGUCUCCAGUCGGGGCAGAAGAGGGCGGGGCUGGCGCUCAUUAGCAUAAAUGCAAUAAACAUUCCUCAUUUGCA